AGUCAGGUUUCAGUGUGUGAGGGCCGCUUGAGUUUGUGAAGUACUGAAACUGUCUUUGUUUCAACUGGGGACUGAGUCAGCUAGGAGUGAGUCUGAAGGGGAGAGAGGGGGAGAAGAGGUGCGGGGACGGGACUCCGCGGCAGAGAAGGAGCAGCACGGGCUAACUGUUGCUGCACGCAUUUUCAAGUGAACUUCGCUACCCUGUGAAUGACCGAAGAUGCAGUCUCGUCUCGCCCAGUGGUCCCUUGGUCUGUGUGUCCUCCUGUGCUACUGCGGACUUUCUGCUGAAGUUGAAGUAUUGGAAGAGGAGUCUUCAAAGGCCCAGCUUGACCUGACGGAGUUAAUUGGCGUCCCCCUGCCUCCCUCUGUCUCCUUCAUCACUGGCUAUGAAGGCUUUCCAGCCUACAACUUCGGGCCUGGCGCCAAUAUCGGUCGAUUGACCCGAAUGUUCGUACCCGAUCCUUUCUACCGGGACUUUGCCAUCAUGGCCACCGUUAAACCGACCACUAACCACGGCGGAGUUCUCUUCGCCAUCACUGACGCAUUCCAGAAGGUUGUGCACCUCGGUGUGGCGCUAUCCCCAGUGGAGGACCAGACCCAGAGGAUUAUAUUGUACUACAGUGAAUCGGGGUCCUCGCGCUCCCAGGAAGUGGCGUCCUUCAAGGUGCCUGACAUGUCCAACAAGUGGAACCGCUUCACGCUGACGAUGCAGGAGGAUGAGGUGCGACUCUACAUGGACUGCGAGGAGUAUCACCGCGUGGCUGUUCAGAGGAGCCCCUCACAGCUACGGUUUGAAGCCAGCUCUGGCAUCUUCGUGGGCAAUGCGGGGGGCACUGGCCUUGAAAGAUUCAUGGGAUCCAUCCAACAGCUGGUUCUCAAGUUCGACCCCAGAGUCGCAGAUGAUCAAUGUGAAGAGGACGAUCCCUAUGCUUCGGGUGACGGGAGCGGGGAUGACGUCAGAGACUCCAGGGAGGUGCCGGAUGAGCUGAAGAAGCAGGUCGAAGAACGGGAGUACGUUUGGUCAGAGAACAGCCAGGGUGCACCAGUACCAGCCCCACCAACAGAGCCCUACCAUGAUGAGGAUGUGACUGAGUCCUCUGGCCAGCCGACCCCCAGCGAGGAGCAGACCACCGUCCAGGCAACCCCCACUGCAGAGCCAACCACACAAGGGCCAAGUCAUACAGAGGAGGUGGAGGACAGAGAAACAUUCCAAACUAUGUCACCGGGAUCCAAGGGGGAGCCGGGCGAUCCAGGAGUAGCUGGCCCGCCUGGACCAAGGGGCCCAUCGGGUCCUUCAGGAGAAGGAGAGGCCCAGCCGGGUCCCAGGGGUCCAAAAGGACCCCCAGGGCCCUCCGGAGCUCCAGGAACACCAGGGAAAAAUGGACUCCCAGGUAUCCGGGGUAAAGAUGGAAAGCCAGGUGAAGAAGGACCUCAAGGCUUCCCUGGUCUUCCAGGAGAACCUGGACUCAAGGGAGAGAAGGGCGAUCCCAGUGUGGGUCUCCCAGGUCCUCCUGGACCGCCAGGACCUGCAGGUCCAGCUAGCCGGCCCAAGUUCCCGGGGGAUGUGGAAGGCUAUAGCUCAGGGUUCGAGGACUUUGACAGCGACACUGAAGUCAUCAGAGGCCCUCCGGGUCCACCAGGCCCCCCUGGCCCCCCAGGAAAGGCUGGCCCUCCCGGGCCGAGAGGAGACUCUGACUCUACAGGAGGCCUUCAGACAGAGCCUCUUGGUCCUCUAGGGACCCCAGGAAAAGAUGGAAAGCCUGGCGAAAUGGGGAAGCCUGGGGCUCCUGGGCUGAAUGGAGCACCUGGUCCAGAAGGACAGAAGGGUGAGAAGGGUGACCAGGGCUUGACUGGACCUCCUGGACUGAAAGGUGAUUCAGGAGAACCUGGGCCAACAGGUCUUGCAGGACCUAUGGGAGCAGAGGGCCCGGUCGGAUUCCAGGGGCCCCCUGGGCCACCUGGCCCACCUGGCCCACCAGGACGAGGUUUCGGUUUAGACCUGCAGGACUUGGAGGGGUCUGGAAUUCAGGGCAUGUUUGAGGGAGCUGGACCCAAAGGACCACCGGGUCCUCCUGGUCCUCCGGGUCUCCCAGGACCUAAGGGCAAGGAUGGAGCCAAUGGGGUCCCUGGCAUCGGGCUCAAGGGCUCACCUGGAGAUCCUGGGCAAAAAGGCCUUCCUGGCCUCGCGGGGUCAACCGGCUCCCCAGGAGUUAAAGGAGAAAAAGGUGAUGCAGGUCCAAAGGGGGAGCGCGGUGCAGAUGGGCUCUCUAUCACUGGACCUCCUGGGCCACCUGGACCUCCUGGAUCCAUCAUUAACCUUCAGGAACUCCUUCUCAAUGACACCGAAGGGCUGUUUAAUUUCAGUGAGAUGCUGGCACCCCAGGGCUCUGAGGGACUGAAGGGACCGAAAGGGAACCCUGGAAUUGCAGGGAUCCCGGGACCUGCUGGCCCUAAGGGUGAGAAAGGAGAGCCGGGCCUCAUCGUCACUGCAGAGGGCUCACUGAUAACAGGACCACAGGGGCCAAAAGGAGUCAAGGGGGAACGUGGCUCAUCUGGAGCUGUAGGAAUCAUGGGGCCUAUUGGACCACCAGGACCUAAAGGAGAAUUUGGGUUUCCCGGCCGGCCAGGUCGUCCCGGUAUGAUUGGAAUAAAGGGAGAAAAAGGAGAGACGGUGGGCCUGCCGGGCCUUCCUGGUCCCCCCGGACCCCCAGGGCGCCCAGGCUUCUUCAACUGCCCCAAGGGGACAGUUUUCCAGAUCCCACCCAGACCUCACUGCAAAACUCCAAUUAAUGGCAAUGGGGAAUUGACACCAGGAGAUGGAUGUCAAAGAACUUUCGUGGGUGUCAAGGGGGACAAGGGGGAGGCCGGGUUUCCGGGGCAGCCUGGAGAAACAGCUUCCUGGAAUCCUCCCAUCUCCAGGGGGGAAAAAGGGGACCAGGGCUACAAAGGAGAGAAGGGGGAGAAGGGAGAGGCUGGGGUAACAGGCCCGCCAGGGCUGCCAGGGAAGUCAGGCCUCGUGGGGCCAAAAGGAGAGUCAGUUGUUGGGCCCCAGGGCCCCCCUGGAAUGCCAGGCCUACCUGGCCUACCUGGAUAUGGUAGACCAGGACCACAAGGUCCCCCUGGUCCACCAGGACCCCCAGGGCUACCUCCACGCUUCGGGUCAGCUGUUGCAGUCCCAGGACCACCUGGGCCACCUGGGCCACCUGGACGGCCCGGAUCCCCAAGCAAUGGGAAUUUCAUGGUGACAUAUAAAAGUGCGGAGUCUUUGUUCAAGCACGCACACCAAGCCGCAGAAGGGACCAUGGUCUACAUCUCUGACAAGAGCGAGCUGUACAUCCGAGUACGGGAGGGCUGGAGAAAGGUCCAGAUGGGGGAGUUGAUCUCCAUGCCAGCAGAUAGUCCAUCCGCUGCUGUGCCGAACGGCCUGGGCCGGCCCGGGGAGUACAGCAGGCCCGAAGUGCUCAGCCGGGAGCAGCCAGGCUACCUGCCCGGAUACAACAUGCUGGCACAUACCAUCCACACCGGACCGGGGCUGCACCUGGUGGCCCUGAACGCGCCGUUCUCAGGGGACAUGGGGGGGACCCGCGGGUCGGACUUCCAAUGCUACCAACAGGCACGUGCCAUGGGCUUGGUGGCCACCUAUCGGGCCUUCCUGUCCUCGCACCUGCAGGACCUGAUCACCAUUGUCAGGAAGGCCGACCGCCACAACGUACCCGUGGUCAACCUCAAGGGGGAAGUACUCUUUACCAACUGGAUGUCCAUCUUCUCCGGAAACGGGGGUGUGUUCCAGCCAGACACCCCCAUCUACUCCUUCGAUGGCCGGAAUGUGAUAACGGACCCCUCUUGGCCCCAGAAGAUGUUGUGGCACGGUUCUAAUUUGCUGGGGGUGCGGAUGACGUCCAGCUACUGCGAGGCGUGGCGUGCGGGCGACAUGGCGGUGACAGGCCAGGCCUCCAUGCUGCACGGCGGCCUGCUGCUGGGCCAGCACUCCCGCAGCUGCUCCAACCGCUUUGUGGUGCUGUGCGUGGAGAACAGCUACGCCCAGGAUGCCAACGGGAACUGAGGGCAACCCCCCCCCCCCGGGCAAAAAAGUUGCCCCCUACAGCCUGUUCACAUGUAGCUUUCUGAAAAGGUGUAAAUAUAUGUAAAUUGCUUCCGGCCUAGAUCACUGCAUCAUCGCCAAGCUCUGCUCAGCGAGGGCUCGCGUGAGCUUUACUUACACAAAAUUGUUCUGAUGGCAGAAUUAAAAAUGAUUGGUUCAGAGAGAUUACCAAUGAUUGCAGGUCAGGUGGGUCCAAGCCACUAGAGGAGGCGGAACCAAGACAUCUGAUUGGUUUGACCCGCCUCCUCUAUUUCUGCCCUCAUAAUAUUUCUGUGUAAGUAAAUCUCGAAUGAGCUCAGUGAAGUCAUACCAAAGAACAGCGGAUCGCUCUUCCUGAAGCCACUUGUCACUAUAGGCGUCAGUUUGUACUGGUUCUUGAGUGUUUUAACAUGAGGCUUUUACAGUGCUGGCUGGUGGACAGAGUUUGUGUGGUUUAUUUUGUCUAGCUGGCACUAUUUGUCCAUCUUCUGUCUGAGUUGUCACUGUUGUCUGGGUCAAAGUACGAUUAUUGUUCUAAAAAAUGUAGUUCGUAUUUCACCAUGGAAACCUUUCGUGGUUUCUUAACCAGGUUAAGUCAGUUAGACAUACUGCAUAAUUUAAUAUUCCAUGGCAUUCACUACAAAUUACAACCUUUUUUGUUUUUGUUUUAUGUUGGGAAAGAGUUUUAAAGUGGUAUGUUAUUGAUAGGAUGUCAUUUGCUAACAACUUUUUAUUUCUCUCAGUAUUUAAAUUAAAUGAAAUGUUUUAUUUAUACUGACACAGCACAUAAUCUGAACAAAAAGUAAUUUAGUUUAAAUAAUUUAUAGUUCACUGAAUCAGACUGGGACCUUCAUUCAGAACAAUGUCUUGUACAGUAACAGGUUUAGGUUAACAAAUUUUGAUUGUUUUAUAUGGUUUUUGUAAGAGAUACCUCGAUUUUAUAAAACAUGGCAAAACUUUUUAAAAUAAAUUCCAUUGCAAGUGUUUUGAUUGCUGUCAGUUUGUGACGCCAGAUAGUCACACUUGUCCAAGAGAAAAUGAGGAAAAACUGGUGUUAGUGCAUAGAAAAUGAGUAUAUACAUGAAUCUGGUGCUCAUUAAAUAAAUAUUUUUUACAAA